UUAUUGCUGUAACACAAAGUGCAUCCUCAUAAACAAAAUAUAUCCAUAACUUAGCUUUUAAGUAAAAAAAAAUAGCUAUUUAGAUGACAGAUGACUUUGAAGGUGAACUUAGUGGGUUAGCUGAGAGCUUUAGCUAAACCAAUGAAGGACAGGCAGCCAGUGACAGUGAGGAUAAACGGUCCCCACCUUGGCUUUUGAUCCUCUGUCCUCCUGAGCAAAGCUCAGAAACAAACAGGCAGACCGAGCAAUGAGAAGCUGGUCAGCGGAAAGCAGUACAAACACCCAGCUGUUAGGUUGAUGUGUGGAAGCUCGUCUGUACAAAGGGAGGAAACAUGAGCAGCUGCAGACUGCUGCUGUCUCAGCUAAAGCUAUGGACUUCAGGAGGAAACAAAUGGAAACGGGGACUUAAUAAAGGCACUGGUUGGAGCGGGAAGGCAUUUUUGUCUACUUCCAGUUGCCCGAAGGUGUGUAUCGUUGGAAGCGGUCCAGCAGGUUUCUACACGGCACAGCAUCUAAUCAAGGCUCGUCAGGAUGUUGAGGUGGACAUUUACGAGCGACUGCCCGUCCCCUUCGGCCUUGUCAGGUUCGGAGUGGCCCCUGAUCACCCUGAAGUCAAGAAUGUCAUCAACACUUUUACCCAAACAGCCAAACAUCCUCGCUGUAGCUUCUAUGGCAACAUAAAUGUUGGGAAGGAUGUGACGAUCAGCGAACUGCAGCAGGCGUACCAUGCCGUCGUACUGAGUUAUGGAGCAGAGGGAAACAGGAGGAUGGGGAUCCCAGGUGAAGAUCUGCCUGGUGUUUACUCAGCCAAAGACUUUGUUGGCUGGUAUAACGGCUUACCCAGCUGUCGGGAGCUCAAUCCAGACCUGAGCUGCGAAACAGCCGUCAUUCUGGGACAAGGCAACGUGGCCUUGGAUGUAGCCCGAAUACUCCUCUCUCCUUUAGAUAUUUUAAAGAAAACUGACAUUACCCAGCCGGCGCUGGAAGCUCUUGCAGAGAGUCGGGUUCAGAAGGUGCUGAUAGUUGGAAGGAGGGGACCCAUGCAGGUCGCUUGCACAAUUAAGGAGCUCAGAGAAAUGGUGAACCUGCCAGGAACCAGGCCUGAGAUGCUGGCAGCUGAUUUUGAAGGCAUCCCUGAAGCCCUUAAAGAUGUAGCGAGGCCCAGAAAGCGUCUCACCGAGCUGCUGCUGAAGACAGCUCUAGAGGCACCGGGAGAUAAGGAGCUGGAGAGGCGCAAAAACGCCACCAAGGUGUGGGGUUUCCGAUUCUACCGGAGCCCCACAGAAAUCCUGUCUGAGCCGAACCUCAACAGAACAUCAGGUAUUCGACUUGCAGUCAACAGGCUUGAGGGUUCUGGAGAUGGAGCUCAGGCUGUUCUUACAGGAGAGGUGGAAGAUGUCUCCUGUGGUUUGGUCAUCAGCAGCAUCGGCUACAGGAGCCUCCCCAUCGAUUCCACGGUGCCCUUUGACCCCCAUAGAGCCAUCGUGCCAAACUCACUAGGCCGGGUUCCCCAGGCUGCAGGUUUAUAUUGCAGCGGCUGGCUGAAAACAGGCCCCACCGGUGUGAUAGCCACCACUAUGAACAACAGCUUUGACACGGCUCGAUCCCUGCUGGAGGACAUGGAGUCUGGAACAUUGGACGUGUCUCCUGCCAGAACCGGAUCGCAGGUCGUCAGCCGUCUGCUGGAGGAGAGAGGAGUGAAACCAGUGACUUUCUCUGACUGGGAGAAGAUCGACAGCUUGGAGACGAAGAGGGGCGACGCUUGUGGAAAACCGAGAGAGAAACUACUGACGGUGGAGGAAAUGCUGACAGCGGCCCGGACGUGACCAGAACCAGCAGGGGGGGGGUCCGGGAGGAUGGAGAGGCUGCACAGGUUCCAGGAUCAGCGGGGACCAUUUUCAUACGAUACAAGAAGGACUUUGGAAGCAGGCUGAAUUUAAAGCGUCAUCAAUUAAACUGUUUCAUACUUUAGAAUAUUUGCAGGAGGUGUAGAAACGUAAAAAAACACAGUAAGCAGCUCAGCAUCUGUUUUUACCACAAAUAUUCACUGUUUGAGAUAGAUAUGUUUAUAACUGACUGGAUUAUAUUUAAGAGCAAAGAGUCCCACCAUGAGGAACCCCUAAAGAAGGGAACCUCCAAACUAGCAUUAUUAAAACCUCAGGUUUUAAUAAAACUAAAUCGUUGUUGUUCUGAUGGUACCUUUGAAGGUUUAUGUUGUUAAAACUGCAGUGCUUUGCAAAAGUAUUCCAACCCCUUCAGUGUGUUUGUGAUAAAGUGACUUCUAAUGAGAAGUUGGCUGCACUGGUUUUAUGACACUUUAGAUUUUUAUUAGUUGGAAAGUUUUGCAUUAGUUCCUUCCUGCAUGUGUUUGUCCAUCGGAUGAGAGGAGAACCUUUGGGUUAUGGAUGGAGUUUAAACCCGCUGUGGGCCAUGGAGGUUCCUCAGAGGGAGCUGUGGACAGGAAAGUUGGUCCCUGUGACUCUGAAACUCUGCAUGUUUCCCUUUGCUGAUUCUAACCUGCAAGCAAAUGAUUUUCCUUCCGCUUUGAAAUUCAACUCAUUUGUUUUUCUAUCAUAUUAAAUCCCAGCACAGAUUAAGGUUUGUGAUACUGAUGCGGUAAAAUGUAAAAAAAAAAAAAAUCUGAAAGGGUUUGACUAUACAUUUGCAAGGCUCUGCGUGUUUCUGAGAAGUUUGAUGUUUGUGUCGGUUGUAACCUGAGUUUGGACCCAAUCAGGAAAUACAAUCUAGAACUGAACCUCUAUUUUUUUUUCUUUAGUAAUUUGAUUCUGGUUUUCUUCCUGUUUAAUCUCUGAUUUCAUCGUUUGUGAAAACUAAUAAUGUGCUUUUGUUCUAUCUGGAUUUUUUUACAUUUUGCAAUUAAAGGACUCAAAUGAAAUGAUAAA